AGAGAGAGAGAGAGAGAGCUGGUCUCAUUGACUGAACCUUGUUAGGGUUGGAAGCCAUGUCACCGGAGACGUGCUCGGCGCCGCCGGCGUGCGACUACUGUGGAUCGGCCCUCGCAGCACUCUAUUGCCGAGCUGACGCUGCGCGGCUUUGCCUCCCUUGCGAUCGCCAUGUCCACUCGGCCAACGCCCUUUCCCGCAAACAUCCGCGCUCCGCCCUCUGCUCUUCUUGCUACUCUGCCCCCGCUGUCUCCCGCCUUGGCUCCCUCUUCUUCUGCUCCGCUUGCGAAACCGACCCCUCUCCCCCUCACGUCCCCGCCGCUCUCGAGCCGCUCUCCGGCCUUCCCUCGGCGGCUUCCAUAGCUGCCUCUCUUGAUCUUGAGUUCCCUCCUGAGAUCCCCCAGCCGGAGCCAUUGAAUCGGGCUUUCUCGAAUUGGGGGUCGAUUAACGCUUUUGAGGAGCUGUCCGUGCCGAAAUGGGAGCAAAAGCAGCAGCUUUUGGAGCAGGUGCUGGAGCUCGCUAAGAGUGAGAACGAUGGACAGCAGGAACAACCGGUGCAGUGUGGUUUUGGCCCGAUGACACCGGGCCGGAGCAAUAAUGAUGGCUUGAUGCAGUAUACCGAGUUGUUGAUGCUGCCGCCGGCCGGGUGCGUGGAUCUCAAAGGGUGCGAUCGACUUGUUGAGGAUGAGGAUUUGUUGUGGGACAAUGGGAGUGCUGCUGCUCAGAUCUGGGAUUUUGAUCUAGGAAGGACAAUGGAACAAAAAGAAUCCUCUCCACUGGAAAUUGAAUUUUGCAACAAUGCUAAUUUUAUGAUGAAGAAUUACACAGACCUCCUCAAAGAAAAUUCAUUUGCCACAGAAAAUUUUGUAGAAGAUAUGUGUGACACAAAUCACCUUUCUGCAAAUGAUGACAUCUCCUCUACAAAUAUCCAUCAUGUGUCAUCUCUAAAGCUGAACAUGCAAACAACCAGCAAAUGGCAGAACAAUGCUCAUAACUCAGCUCUCCAAGGGACAGCUACUUCAGGAAACAGCAAGUUUACUAUAGUUAGUUCAAUAGGUAAUUCUCAUGAUACAGGAUUAGGUGGCACUAUCAAAGAAAUUUCUUUUCAGGAGCACACUUUCAUCAGAACUGAAUCAUUCAAAGAGACACAGAAAAUUGAUAGCGAGCGGAUGGCCCAGAACAGGGGGAAUGCCAUGCAACGGUACAAGGAGAAAAGAAAGAACCGCAGAUAUGAUAAACACAUUCGCUAUGAAUCGAGGAAGGUCAGAGCCGACACCAGAAAGCGAGUGAAGGGACGUUUCGUUAAAGCUACAGAAGCACUGGAUGUGGAAAAUGGUGGAUGAAGUUUCUGAAAAGGAGCCAACCCUGGAUGUAAAUAUAUCAUGUUAUCUUAUUGAUUGUUGUUGUGUUAUCUCCAACAGAGUUUGCAAAUGACCGAAUCACUGUUUAAUUUGCUGCUCGAAGAUUUUGUCGGUGUGAUGCAUCGCUGUCAGAUUUCAGAAAGGAGCAAAUGUGCUGUUCCUUGCUGCUCCGAGCGCCACAACUUAUGUAUGCCCAUGGGUUGGUCUUUGGUGACGGUAUUAUCUGGUUAUUGUUCAAACUCAUCAGUAUUGUUCAUUUAAACCUUCUGACUUGUGGGUAUUCCUGUAGUUCUCUAUUGUUAGAGAGGUUUUGUGUGUUUUUAAAUGGCUUGGCUUGCUUAAGCCAUUCGUAUUAGUGAAUAUCCUCCUGUAUGUGCAUGGAACUUGACAAUAUUGAAAUAAAGUUUACAUGCUUCUUGGUUCUUA